AUGAACGGCGAUGGUCUAGAGGACAUUGGAAAAGCUUCAACUCUAUUGCAAGCUCUCGUGAAGGACUUGCGUUCAAAUCAAAACAGUGCGGAGAGGGUGGCAGUGUUGGCCGAUCGUAUAACAAACCUGACGUGCAGAAUGCAUCAACUUACAUUUGAAAGAGCUGACAAUAAUGCAGUGUUGAUACAGAUUCAUAGCAAUGCUGUCACUCUGUGGAAUAUUGCUGUGGCAAUGAAGACGGGUAGUGGGCAAACUGGAACAACCGAAAAUGCAAAAUUGAGGUAUGCAGCUUGCAAGCUUUCAUUUUUGGCUAAUGCUGCUGAAACAUGUGAAGUAACCUACCGGAAACAGUUAGUGUGUUGGAAUGGGCUGCAGAAGUCGUGGUCAUCAAGAGAUGAACAUGAUUCACCUACACCAGAGCAAUCUAAACAGAUCGCAGAAUGCGAGCGAUACAUGUUCAGAGUCUACUGUUAUAGAGCAGAAACGAGCUUUUCAAUGUGUCAGCAAGAUAGAACACAAUUGAAUGUAGCCAAAGCUAAAGAAUUCAUGGGCAGACUUCCUGCAAAGGAGUGCAUUACGCUGGCGGAACUGUGCUACAAUUUUGGGGUUGAUACAUAUUACAGAGAGGAAUACGAAAAAUGUAUUGCAUGGCUAAGGGAAAGUUACGAUAUUCGGAAAGAAAAUGGUUCUUCAGGAGCUAAUAAACGGGAGCAUGGGCAUCCGGCUGGGCUUUACUUAAAAGCCAAACUUCUUUUGAUGGGUAAUGGAGACGAAGAGUUGCCGUGUUCAAGAUUGUGGUCUGCAUUCGAGGAUACUCUCCGGCACCCUGACUUAAAAGUGGAUCUUGGGCUUUGUGCUGUAAACCUAGCCGUCCAAUACAAGAGAACAGAGCUGGCUUUUGACUGCUUGAAAAUCUUGGAAUCUAGAUUUAAAAAUUCUCCCGACCUAUACAAAGUUCAGUUAGAGCAUUUGGAACUUCUUCUGAAGAACAACAAAGAUGAAGAUGCCAAAGCUCUCAUCGAAAAAUGCAUUGUUGAUGAAAUGGAGAGGUCUCUCGAUUUUCAGAUUUGUCAGCGAUUCCAUAUUCUCUUGUGGGAAAAAGCUGCUUCUGCUUACGAGAGGAGAAGCUACAGAGAAGCCUUAGACUGGUACAAUUACUCUUUGAGCUUCUUUUCUUCAAAAGAGGAAGACAUAAAGAAUAUUGGGAAACUCCUGGUUAGUGGUUAG